AUGCUCAGCGCCGCUCUUCGGAGGCGAGUCCUCGCCCCAACUCACAAUGCCCUCCGGACGGGCUUCACCUCGCACGUCGUGAGGUACUAUGCCUCCUUCCCGGACCACCAGGUCGUCAAGAUGCCUGCCCUGUCCCCCACCAUGCAGGCUGGCAACAUCGGCGCCUGGCAGAAGAAGGCGGGAGACUCCAUCGCCCCCGGCGACGUCCUGGUGGAGAUUGAGACCGACAAGGCCCAGAUGGACUUUGAGUUCCAGGAGGAGGGCGUCAUCGCCAAGAUUCUCAAGGAUUCUGGCGAGAAGGACGUGUCUGUCGGCAGCCCCAUUGCCAUCCUUGUCGAGGAGGGCACCGACAUCUCUGCCUUCGAAAAGUUCACCCUCGAGGACGCAGGCGGCGACGCCAAGGCUGCCCAGCCCAAGCAGGAGGAGAAGACCGAGUCGCAAUCGGCCCCGGCCCCGGCCCCGUCUCCCGCACCCGAGCCCGAGCAGUACUCUUCCUCCAAGGGCAAGCUGCAGACCGCCCUCGACCGCGAGCCCAAUGCCUCUCCUGCCGCCAAGCGACUGGCCCGUGAGAACGGUGUCAGCCUCGACGGCCUCAAGGGAACCGGCAAGGGUGGCAAGAUCACCGAGGAGGAUGUGAAGAAGGCUGUCAGCAGCCCGGCCGUUGCCGCUCCCGGCGCGAACUUUGAGGACAUCCCGAUCAGCAGCAUGCGCAAGGUCAUCGCCAACCGCCUGCAGGAGUCUGUCCAGAACAACCCCCACUUCUUCGUCACCAGCUCCCUGUCCGUGACCAAGCUGCUCAAGCUGCGUCAGGCCCUCAACAGCUCGUCCGAGGGCAAGUACAAGCUGUCGGUCAACGACUUCCUGAUCAAGGCCAUUGCCAUCGCCUCCAAGAAGGUCCCCGCCGUCAACUCCAGCUGGCGUGAGGGCAGCAUCCGUCAGUUCAACACGGUCGACGUCUCCGUCGCCGUGUCUACCCCGACCGGUCUCAUCACACCCAUCGUCGCCGGUGUCGAGGCCCGCGGCCUUGAGUCCAUCUCUGGCAAGGUCAAGGAGCUCGCCAAGAAGGCGCGUGAUGGCAAGCUCAAGCCCGAGGAGUACCAGGGCGGCACCAUCUCCAUCUCCAACAUGGGCAUGAACGCCGCCGUCGACCACUUCACCGCCGUCAUCAACCCUCCCCAGGCCGCUAUUCUGGCCAUUGGCACCACCAAGAAGGUUGCCGUCCCUGUCGAGAACGAGGAUGGCACCACCGGCGUUGAGUGGGAGGACCAGAUCACGGUCACUGCCAGCUUUGACCACAAGGUCAUCGACGGCGCCGUUGGUGCUGAGUGGAUCCGUGAGGUCAAGAAGGUCAUCGAGAACCCCCUGGAACUUCUUCUCUAA